CAAGCAUAAAUAAAUAGGUAGACAGCCAUAUAGCCAACCAGUCAAGGAACAUACAGUGCAACAAAAUAAGAUAAAAUAUAAAAUAGUUAUCUAUCUAUGAUGGAAACUACAAAAAAAGAAACCCUACCAACUCCCACCGAAAGUGUCAAACUGGUCGAGAAUGUUGGCCACGAAUCAGUAGGAUCCCAUGUGUCUCUGCCAACUCUACGGUCAUUAUACCUCACCCCACCAAAACAAUACACCAUCGACGAUGACGCAAAUACGAUCACCUUCAAGGCCACGCUUGACUACCCGCCCGUCCGCAGACUCAAGCCAUCCGAACGUACGCGUAUUCUGGUCACCGGCGGUGCAGGCUUCGUUGGCUCGCACCUCGUAGACCGUCUGAUGGUGAUGGGACAUGAGGUCGUGGUUCUCGACAACUUUUUUACUGGAAACAAGCAGAAUAUCCAGCACUGGAUAGGGCAUCCACAUUUUGAACUCGUUCGUCACGAUGUCGUGGAUCCCUUUAUGAUCGAGGUUUCGCAGAUCUACCAUCUCGCCUGUCCUGCAUCCCCACCUCAUUACCAAUACAAUCCCACCAAGACUGUCAAGACCAGUGUGAUGGGAACCAUUAAUAUGCUUGGACUAGCAAAACGUACCAAAGCCCGCUUUUUGUUAACCUCGACUUCAGAGGUGUAUGGUGAUCCUGAAGAGCAUCCUCAAAAAGAGACCUACUGGGGUAAUGUGAAUCCAAUCGGACCGCGAGCAUGUUAUGACGAAGGGAAGCGUAUUGCAGAAACCUUGACCUAUUCAUACAUGAGACAAGAUGGGGUAGAUGUUAGAGUGGCACGUAUCUUCAAUACUUUUGGGCCUCGCAUGUGUCCUGCAGACGGCAGGGUAGUAAGUAACUUUAUUAUGCAAGCGCUUCGAGGAAAUCCUCUGACAUUGUAUGGAGAUGGAGACCAGACACGCUCAUUCCAAUAUGUGCAUGAUCUGGUUGAUGGCUUGAUCCUUCUGAUGAACAAACGGUACCAGAGCCCAGUCAACCUUGGAAAUCCGGAAGAAUACACGAUUGGUCAGUUUGCCACGAUGAUCAAUAAGAUCGUGGAUCCCAGUCGGGCUAUUGCCAUCAAGAGGCUGCCUGCUCUCACAGAUGAUCCCCGGAAACGCAAGCCUGCGAUUGAAAUAGCACAAAAACAUCUGGGAUGGCAACCACGGUUUGGAGUGCAGCAAGGAUUGGAAGAAACCAUAGACUGGUUCAGAUUGCAAGCAGCCGAAAAUAACGAGGCUGGAGAGUAAAUAAAAAAAAAUCCCAAGAAAUUCAAGAAAGGAAUAUAUCA